AUGACUUUGACAAUAGGUUGUAAACACAAUUUGGAUCAUGCUCUUUCAAAUAUCCCAAACAUACCCACCAGCUUCUGUCGGCGAAGCCGAAAGAAGUCCUUUUCGACAAAAAUGCUACUGCAAAGUAAUGAUGUAAUAGCUAGGAGGGAAAUUGGGCAAUUACUGGUAGCACUUUGUGGAGGAUUAAAAGGCAAAUUUGAAAUCGAGAGAAUCAAUGCUGAAUUGGAACUUGUAAGUCACUAUCACGAUACAAUUAACUUAAUAUCAUAUCAACAAGAAGACGACUCUAUUUGGGAAGAAAUCACAAAGGAAGGACAACAACUGGCAAACCAACUAGUGAAAGAACUCGACCAAGUCAAAGAUUCGAUAUCGUAUUAA